AUGGCCCUGAUUCAGGCUCUGCCCAUGCCGGCUGAGCGCCACCACACCCCCGGCCUCAACGGAACCCCCCACCGUCGCCCCUCUGCCCCCUACACGCCCCCCAACCUCCCCUCCACCUCACCCGCCUCCAACUCCCAGGAGGCCAUGGGCUCCGUCAGCAGCCUCGUCGCCCACCGCCCCGGCCCGGCCCACCUGGCGCAUCAAUACCGGCCAGUUGAUAUAGGCCCCGAGCCGGGCACCUCCAGGCUCCACAGAACCACAUUGGGCGCCACUUCCUGCCUGGGCUCCUCUGACACAUCCCAGGAUCAGCUGCUUAGUAGCCUCACUCCGCCUGGCAACAGGAAGCCCUUGAUGGUGAUUGGCUCCAGUAAGGACAGCAGGACCAAUGGGAAUUACUCAUAUCUGAACCAGCACUAUGAGGGGGACUGGAAUGACAACCAUGUGGCUCAUGGAAGCCCCAGGACCGGGAUUGACACAGAGGAGGCCAAGGAGGGGCAGCUGGAGAGCCUCAACGGGAACGUAGGAGGAGCCCCGCCCAAACUGGUCCUCGUGUCGGGGAAGCUGGAGAAGGUGAGUAUGGCCCUGUCCAGGCUAUAUGGUAGUCAUUCAGUCUCCUCGAAAUGUACAGUAGAUCAAUCUACUCUCACAGUAACACGAUUAGAGCAAAUAAAUUAAACAUUCACUGAAUAUACAUUAUUUACAACCUCUUACCCAACAAUCCUCUCACCCCUCAGAACAUGGAGAAAACAGUGAUCCGGCCCACCGCCUUCAAACCCGUCAUCCCCAAGAGCCGCAACUCCAUGCAGUACCUCUCCCCUCGCCACGACCGGGCCAGCCUAUCAGACAGCCAGAACAAUCUCAACCUGUUGUCACCUGGUAGCCAGACGGACACUUUGUCGCCCUGCUUGGAGAAACGCACCUCCUACAGCAGUGGGCGCCACACGGGCGGUGGCAGCCAGACCUGCUCCAUGUCUGACUCGGGCCGGAACUCCCUGUCGAGUCUGCCACCCUAUGGCAGCGUCCCCUACAAUCUGGCGCCCGCAGACACCCCGCUUGGCAGUGGCCACCUGGAGCCCAUGAAGACGGCGCCUGCCAAUGUGCACGGGCACUCCAACUCAGACAGCGGGCUCUCCUCGUCCAGUAAGAGCACAGGGUCGGGGUCGCUGAGCGGGCGCGUCCAGCCCCUGUCGGACAGUGGGUCAGGCGGGCGGUCGCCAGCCCCCGUGGAGGGUGGGUACGAGGGGGUGGUGAGGGACCUGGAGGAAAAGCUGAGGGAGAGAGAUGUGGAGCUGCAGCAGCUCCGAAACAACCUGGACGAGAACGAGAUGGCCAUUUGUCAGGUACGUGGUGGUAUAAAUGGAAGACACAAUCAUCUUCCUUCACAUAUUCUAAAACACAUGAAGGCAUGCAAACGUACAUACACCUGGCACACACACCAUUUACCAUCACACUCAAACCAUUACAAUCACUGUACACACACGCAGGCAUGCAUGCACACAUACGAUGCAACCCUCACACAAUGCCACCCUCACCUAACCACCCCCCCCCCCCCCCACCCAACUUCCUUCCCUGUCUCCCCUCUCCCCCCAGGUUUAUGAGGAGAAGCAAAAGCGCUGUGAGCUGGAGCUGGAGGAGCUGCGUCAGACCUGUGCCACACGGAUGCAGACCCACUCACAGAAGGCCCAGCGCGCCCAGCAGGUGCUCCAGCUGCAGGUCUUCCAGCUGCAGCAGGAGAAGAAGAAGCUCCAGGAGGACUUCAGCCAGCUGCUGCAGGAGAGGGAGCAGCUGGAGGAGCGCUGCACCUCCUACGAGCACGAGAAGAUCGAGCUAGGGCCCCGGCUGGAGGAGACCAAGUGGGAGGUGAGAUGGGCCAUAAUACUGUCUGUGGCGGCCCCCUACCUCCUAGGCCUUGGCACUUCAGUAUAUAUUGUAGACAAAGCGGAUGGAGGUCUGUCCCAACACUAGCAGUAUGUGUACUACUCAGGUAGAGACAGUGGAUUUUAAAUACCACUGUAAACCCUUUUGAGUAAUUGCUGUAGUCUAGUACAAACGGUCCGCUCUGUAAGAUGCUGGCGGGCAAGAGUCUGGCACGGUGUCGCAUCAUCAUCAAUCACAUUAUAACAAAGACACCAAGCUGGCUGCCUUCCUGUCUCUAUCUCUUCUCUCUCGCUCUCUCUCUCUCUCUCUCUCUCUCUCUCUCUCUCUCUCUCUCUCUCACUCAGUCACUCUCUCUCUCUCACUCAGUCACUCUCUCACUCAGUCACUCUCUCUCACUCAGUCACUCUCUCUCUCUCUCUCUCUCUCUCUCUCUCUCUCUCUCUCUCUCUCUCUCUCUCUCUCUCUCUCUCUCUCUCUCUCUCAUACAGUGCAUUCGGAAAGUAUUCAGACUCCUUCAAUUUUUCCACAUUUUGUUACGUUACAGCCUUAUUCUAAAAUAGAUUAAAUAUUUGUAUUUUCUCAUCGAUCUACACACUAUACCCCAUAAUGACAAAGUGAAAACAGGUUUUUAGAAAAUGUAUUAAAAUAAAAAACAGAUACCUUAUUUACAUAAGUAUUCAGACCCUUUGCUAUGAGACUAGAAAUUGAGCUCAGGUGCAUCCUGUUUCCAUUGAUCAUCCUUGAGAUGUUUCUACAACUUGAUUGGAGUCCACCUGUGGUCAAUUCAAUUGAUUGGACAUGAUUUGGAAAGGCACACACCUGCGCUCCGAGACAGGAUUGAGUCGAGGCACAGAUCUGGGGAAGGGUACCAAAACAUUUCUGCAGCAUUGAAGGUCCCCAAGAACACAGUGGCCUCCAUCAUUCUUAAAUGGAACAAGUUUGGAACCACCAAAACUGAGCAAUUGGGGCAGAAUGGCCUUGGCAAGGGAGGUGACCAAGAACCCGAUGGUCACUCUGACAGAGCUCAUGCUGUGGGGAUGUUUUUCAGUGGCAAGGACUGGGAGACUAGUCAGGAUCGAGGGAACGAUGAACGGAGCAAAGUACAGAGAGAUCCUUGAUGAAUACCUGCUCCAGAGAGCUCAGGACCUCCGACUGGGACGAAGGUUCACCUUCCAACAGGACAACGACCCUAAGCACACAGCCAAGACAACGCAGGAGUGGCUUUGGGACAAGUCUCUGAUGUCCUUGAGUGGCCCAGCCAGAGCCCGGACUUGAACCCGAUCAAACAUCUCUGGAGAGACCUGAAAAUAGCUGUGCAGCGACGCUCCCCAUCCAACCUGACAGAGCUUGAGAGGAUCUGCAGAGAAGAAUGGGAGAAACUCCCCAAAUACAGGUGUGACAAGCUUGUAGCGUCAUACCCAAGAAGACUCGAGGCUGUAAUCGCUGCUAAAUGUGCUUCAACAAAGUACUGAGUAAAGGGUCUGAAUACUUAUGUAAAUGUGAUAUUUCCGUUUUUUUUUUAUUAAAACUUUGCAUAAAUGUCUAAAAACCUGUUUUUGCUUUGUCAAUAUGGGGUAUUGUGUGUAGAUUGAUGAGGGGAAAAAACAAUUGAAUCCAUUUUAGAAUAAGACUGUAACGUAACAAAAUGUGGAAAAAGUCAAGGGGUCUGAAUCCUUUCCGAAUGCACUGUAUAUUGUCAUAUUCCCUCAUAUAUUCAUAGGACUUAGUUUGUGGUGUGACUCCUCUAUAUAUUAAUGAUGGGUUGUUCGCGAAUGAACAUCUCUUUUUGAACAGAUCUUUUUGGUGAACGUCGGGAACCGAAUCGCAUUUGUAAAAGAGCCGUUCAUUUGGCUCCCUGAUUUGCAUACUGUUACUAUUGCUUUUAAGCUCACGAUUAUCUGCGGAUAAAUUAUAAAAACAUUCUGUGAAGAUGGUAAUUCCUCACCGCAGGAACAAUAGAAAGUGAGGAGAGAGAGAGCCUCAUUCUGGUCCACACAUGUUUUUGCAGUGCGUAAAAAUGUUUUCUUAAAAAACAUUUGUUGGCCAUCUAAUAAUUUGGUCAGGUAAAAAUGUAUUUGAACUCUCAUGUCGGGAUCUGACAUAAUGGCAGGCAACUUUAUAGGUUUAACAUAAGAGAUUUGCUAUUUUUGUCAUGGUUUGGACAUGUCAUGGUACAUUUUUAAGCACUACUGAACGAAGAGCCGUUUGGGAGCCAAAUGAACAGCUCUUUUAGCUGAACGGAGCCAAAUGAUCCGGCUCACCGAAAAGACUCGGAAUGCCCGUCACUACUACUGAGUGUAGAAAACAUUAGGAACACCUGCUCUUUCCAUGACAUAGACCAGGGAUGGGCAACUCCAGUCCUCAGGGGCUGGGGUGGUGUCACACUUUUUCCCCAUCCCUAGAAAACACAGCUGAUUUAAACUAAUUGCAUUCUAAACUGAAGAUCAUGAUUAGUUGAUAAUUGAAGUCAGGUGUGUUAGCUGGAGCAAAAGUAUGAUACCAAUCAGGCCAACGAGGACUGGAGUUGCCCAUCCCUGACAUAAACUGACCAAGUGAAUGCAGGUGAAACCUAUGAUCCCUUAUUGAUGUCACCUGUUAAAUCCACUUAAAUUAGUGUAGAUGAAGGGGAGGAGACAGGUUAAAGGAUUUUAAAUCCUUGAGACCUAGAUUGUGUAUAUGCCAUUCAGAGGGUGAAUGGGCAAGACAAACUAUUUAAGUGCCUUUGAACGGGGUAUAAUAGUAGGAGCCAGGCGCACCAGUUUGAGUGUGUCAAUAACUGCAACGCAGCUGGGUUUUUCACGCUGUGUAUCAAGAAUGGUCCAUCACCCAAAGGACAUCCAGCCAACUUGACACCAGCAUUGGAGUCAACAUGGGCCAGCAUCCCUGUGGAACGCUUUCAACACCUUGUUGUCCAUGCCCCGACAAAUUGAGGCUGUUCUGAGGGCAAAAGGGGGUGCAUUAGGUGUUCCUAAUGUUUUGUGCACUGUGUAUAUGACACUAGUUGUGUUUCCUCCAGGUGUGUCAGAAGUCUGGGGAGAUCUCCCUGCUGAAGCAGCAGCUGAAGGAUGUCCAGGGGGAGCUGGCUCAGCGCGUGGGGGAGAUUGUCUCUCUGCGUGGCCAGCUCCGGGACUCCCGUGGUGAGCUCACCACCAGCCAGGCCCUGCUGCAGGAGGCCACCUCCGCCGGCCGCCUGCGCACCCUGGAGCUGGAAGUUUGCCAGAACGAGCUGCAGCGCCGCAUGAGUGAGGCCCAACUCCUCCGUCAGAAGGUGGGCCGCCUGGAGGAGGAGACGGCCCGCUUCCGUGCAGACGCCGCAGCCAAUCAGACAAGCCUCCAGGGCCCCGCCCACAAUGGUAGUGGAGGCAGGCAGUGCCAGGCCUUCCCGGAGGAGCCACAUUUGUUGACCUAUGAGAGCGACGAAGCCAAGGCCAAGCUGGCCUAUGAGAGCGAGGCCCUCCAGAGCCUCCGGGUGCAGAUGGAGAGUCUGAGGGCGGAAUUAGCCACAGAACGCCAGCGGGGGGAGGAGCAGGCGUGCAGCUUUGAGGAGGAGCAUAGGGUCUGGCAGGAGGAAAAGGACAAGGUGAUCCAGUACCAGAAGCAGCUGCAGCAGAACUACGUGGGGAUGUACCAGAGGAACCGGGAGCUGGAGGGUAUGCUGCGGGAGCUCAGUCUAGAACUGGAGACUCGGGACGAGCUGGAGGAGCUGGACGAAGGCAGCGGCAACGAGAUCAACUUUGACGAGAUCACCGCUACUGAGAUCUGA